CGUUUCGCUUUGCACCAGUAAAGGAAAGGUUCGAAAGAAUAAAAGUAGAUGCGUUGUGCCUAUCUAUAAGAGGUUUCGACUUCGACCCCACAUACAAAAGAAAAAAAGAAAAAUGUAGAAAAGAGAGGAAGAGGAGCAGAACCUCCUUGGAAGCAAAGGUUAUUCGCGAAUGAAGCAUUAAAUGCAGAUGAUUACGCGCGAAGAACAAGUGUUAAUCGUUAGCUUCGUCGAAAGCUAAGCAGUAGUAGAAGAAGCGACCCUAAGCGAAGGGAGAAAGAGGAAGCGCUUCCGGUGAGAUUACCGCCCCCAUCUUUUGAAACGUAUUUGGGAACGAGAAGACGAUAAUAUAGCUCGAGCUCGAGAUCGAGAUCUCGCCACCGACAAUGGUGGCCGCCGCCGCCGGGGUGAAUCCGCAGCGCCCACCGCUGAUCCCGUCGGAGAAGGACAAUGCCGGCGCCGCCGCGCUCCCAAACGCGCGGCGCCGCAGCGCUAAGGAGGUCACCUCCCGCUACCUCUCCUCCUCCUCCUCCUCGUCCUCUUUGACCUCCACCUCCACCUCCACCUCGACCUCGUACUCUUCUUCUUCUUCUUCGACCUUUACCACCACCUCGACCUCGCGGCGCUUCCCCUCCCCGCUCGCCGCCGCGCGGCCCUCGCCCCUCGCCCGGAGCCUCGACUGCUCCCUCGACCGGAAAGACUCCAUCUUGGCCACCGUCCACCUGCUGCAGCGCUCCAUGGUGCUCGACGACCCCACCCGGCGCGCCUCCUUCGACGCCGCCGAGCUCUCCGCUUCCUCCGAUACGGAGAGCGUCUCCUCCGGGAGCAAUUCGGACCUCGCCACACCCGCUCGAUCGAAAGCCCCGCCCCGGGGGAUCAUCGUCCCCGCGCGGUUCUGGCAGGAGACGAACAGCCGCCUCCGCCGCUUGCCCGAGCCCGGAACGCCUCUGCCCACGAAACCAGGGCUUGCUUCGCCGCCCGGUAACCGCAUGCCUUCUCCGGCGAGAGGGAUGACCAGCCCUUUGAGGGCGCGGGGCGGCUCCGUUCCAGUUAUUCAGCUGGCGAAUGCGCCUUCUAUAAUAAGCUUCGCGGUGGAAGUGAGGAGGGCGAAGAGAGGGGAGAACCGGAUAGAGGAGGCGCACGCGUUGCGGCUACUGGAUAAUCGGCAUUUGCAGUGGCGGUACGCGAACGCGAGGGCCGAUGCCGUGCUUCUGGCGCAGAGAUUGGCCACAGAGAAAAAUUUGUAUAAUGCGCGGAUAAGUAUCUCAGAAUUGCGUAACUCUAUCACUGCCAAGCGUAUUAAGCUCCAACAUCUGAGACAAUGUAUUAAACUAAGUACAGUUCUCAAAGGACAAAUAAAUUAUCUGGAAGAGUGGUCUCUUCUCGAUAGAGAUCAUUCAAGUUCGUUAUCAGGAGCUAUUGAAGCAUUAAAGGCUAGCACGCUUCGUCUUCCAGUUGUAGGUGGUGCAAAGGCAGAUGUCCAAGAUAUGAAAGAAUCUGUCGGGUCAGUAGUUGAUGUAAUGCACACAAUGGGAUCAUCUAUAUACUCUCUACUGUCAAAGGUAGAAGGAACAAGUUCCUUGGCGUCCGAACUUGCUAAAGUGGCGGCACAAGAAUUAACUCUGUUGGACCAAUUAAGAGAUGUCUUGUCCACUGUGGCAGUCAUGCACGUAAGGCAAUGUAGCCUUCAGGGGCAUUUAUUGCAACUAAAAUAGCGUCGGAGCUAGGCACAGUUGUAAAGCAAAUUCUCUCACCAACUCUGUGAUUACUAACAUCAAAGCGGCCUCUUUGUUUCCUAACUGAAGAUUGCGACAAAAGGUAAUAAAUCAUGGCAGUUUGUUUGCUGCAUCUUGAGAGUACUAGUUCUCCCUGUUUGUUUGCUGCAUCCUUGAGAGUUCUAAUUCUCCCUGUUGAUUUUCACCAAAUGCAGCUAAUUCAUGUAUUUUUGUCUACAUAACAUUAUGAGUGGCUCUUUUUCCUGCAGUGAUUUCAGGAGAUGUAUACAAAUUACUUGUGCUUAUAAAAGAAAAGCUUAUGCA